AUUGACAGCGUCUGUGCUGCUUUCGCCGCAGCUGUGCAAGCAUCGCCGUACAAAACGCAUAAAUAAUAGUGAAAUUUUAAUCAAACUUGCGCAGCUCGUGCGAUAAGAUUAGCAUUAAAGUAUUCAAGCUCGAUUACUGUUUUUCAUCAUGUCAAAAGUUGCCAAACGUCAGCCGCAAUCAGCGAUCGUGAAAUCGCGAUCGAUCAAGUCUUGGCUCAAAAAGGAGUAUUUGUCGACCGAGAACGAGAAUAGUGCUGCCGAUGCGCCCGCAGAAAAGACCGAAUCCGACUACAUCAAAGCUAAAGUGCUUGAUCGUUCUUUGACCGUAGUUCUGGAACCUCUCAGUGAAAAAGUUGCUAAUAUUGCCAUUGCCGACGAGGAGAAUAAAAAAGUGAAAACACAACCAGUUGAAGCGGAUAAAAAAAAAACAUCUAAACAAGAAGAAAAUACUAAUUCUGUUCAAGGUCUUAGAAGGUCAGCUAGAAAUCUUCCAGCUGAUGAAAAGCAAGAAAAAGUUAAAAGACCGAAGAAAACUUACAUUGAGGAAUUCCCACCAAUUCUUUUUCAAGGGUCUAUAAAAUAUACAAAUGAUUUUUAUGAUUGUGCCAAAAUUUGCGACGACCUGCUAGCUGAAGUUGAAAAAAGCAGUGACCUCUGCAUUCCAAUAGGUUUUGACUUGGAGUGGCCGUUUAACUUUCAAACUGGCUCUGGUAAAACAGCAUUGGCUCAAAUUUGUCUGUCAGAGAAGGAAUGUUAUCUAUUGCACAUCUACAACUUAAAAAAACUACCAGCUAGUUUUGUUUUAUUGCUCAGUCAUCCUAAAGUUAAAAUUGUUGGUGUUAAUAUAAAAAAUGAUGUACGGAAAUUGACAAGAGAUUUCAAAGAAUUUCCUGGGCAAAAGGUAGUUGAUGAUAAUUGUCUGGAUUGUGGACCUUAUGCAAAUAGAAUUCUAGACAGAUCAGGUCGCUGGAGUCUAAAACGUCUAACUGAAUUUUUGUUAGAAAAAAGUAUUAGUAAAGAUCCAAGAGUAAGAAAUAGCAAGUGGCACAUUCAUCCUUUGAGUGAAGUUCAAAAAAUAUAUGCUGCUACUGAUGCAUAUGUCUCAUUACUGCUAUACCAGACAAUAAAAAAAGAAGAAUUACUACUAGAGGAAGCUGCUGCAAAAGAAGCAGCUGAAAUUGAAAGAGCUGCAAUUGAAGAGUCUGAAAAAGAAUAAUUUAAAUAAUUUAUAU